AUGGCCCAGCCGAGUUGUCCUGGUCCUGUUGGCGCCUUUGAAGCUUUAGCCUCAAGGGGAAAAGCUUUUACCCACCCUGAGAAGGUAUCCACCAAUACUAACAAGUACAGCCAAGUUAAUUGGCUUUUUGGCGGCCCCUCUAAGGCCAGCCAUGAGAGUCUGACGGUACACUCGGAGACGCUCCUUACCUUCAGCGCGUUUGAAGUCCCAGGCAUAGAUAUAUUAACAUCACUGACUUCUGUGCUACAUGAUGACAAAGAAUUCCCCAACCCUGAGAUAUUUGAUCCUGGCCACUUCCUGGAUGAGAGUGGCAACUUUAGAAAGAGUGACUAUUUCAUGGCUUCCUCUACAGGAAAACGUGUUUGUUUGGGAAAGGGCCUGGCCCGCGUGGAGCUGUUUUCAUUCCUGACCACAAUUUUACAAAAAUUUGCCUUGAAAUCUGUGGUUGAUCCGAAGGACCUCGACACCACCCCAGUUGUCAAUGGGCUAGCUUCUGUGCCACCUUUUUACCAGCUCUGUUUCAUUCCUAUGUGA